CUUGUCUUUGGUAAAUGAAUAUGGGCGCCGUGUCGUCGUGGUAUUUUGUUUUAGUACUUUGGCGUUGAGUUGAACAUUGUUUACAAUUGCGUAGUGUAUUUAUUUAAUGAACUGAUUUUAUGAGUUAAUUGAUUAUAUUACGUACUAAAGAAGUAUAAGGAUUGUGGGGAUAUGGUGUGACUGUGACGUUGGGCUGUCAUUGGAUAUGUAUCUAUAGGUUUAUACAUUCGUGUUUACGCGGGUAAUUAAAACCACGAAGAUGUUAGGCAAGAGAAUGCACCACAACAGUAAAGGACGACUGGCAAGUAAAGGCCAUGACAACGGUAAACCAGCAAGUCCUGGUAUAUCACCCUACAAUAAACCUGCUAAAAUACCUGGCGCCAUUUCCGCGGGUAAAACUAAAGUGGAACUGUGUCCUAUACCGUAUAUAAAAAUACAAGACAAUGCUGUACACCUUCCACGAUUUACCGCCAUAGCUGCAAGGUCUGCCGAUGAACAGAUUGGGAUGGAUGAGCUUGACGCAUUACAACUUGAACUGGAGUCUCUUCUCUGCAACACCGCCCUUCGUAUUCGCUACUUUCAAUCGGAAAUCGAGAGCAUUGACACUAAUGAAUCCAAACGUGAAAAGAAAGGAAAAGCAGCAGGCAAACAGUUACAGUAUCCUGUCAAAAGAAAAUUUAUGGAGGAUAAAUUAGUGAAAACCAAAGACUACACUAAAUUAUCCAAUCAACCGAAGGUGCCUAAAUUCAAAAAUUUUUCCAAUGCUUCUGGAACUGCUCAUAGUUACUCCAAUGAGCAUUUGAACUCUGAUAAUUCUGUUAAGCUAGAAAUGUCUCAAUUUGCACUGCCAAAGAACAAUAUACCUUAUAAAUUUUGGAAUUCUGUUGAACCAUAUUGUGCUCCGAUUACCUUAGAUGAUAUAAAGUUUCUGGAAUCCUUGCUUGCUCAAAGCAGUAAUACAACACUACCACCAAUACCACCACUUGGUAGGCACUAUUCUGAGGUGUGGGCUGAUGAACAUUUGGCAGAGGAUCAGAAUGCUUCUAAUCCAAACCGGCACAAAUCUGGCAUGUCUCCUGAAGCGUCCACCAUAAGAAAGAAAUUGGAGAAGUCUAACGAAAAUAUGAUCACUGGGCCACUAACACAGAGACUUGUAUCAGCGUUAAUGGAAGAAAAUGUGAUGCCUUAUGAAGUACCUGAUGUCAAAGUUAAACAAAUAACAAAUACAAAGAACACCUACAAAAAUUCACUGACAUUAGAGAAAUGUCUUCGGAAAGAAUUAGUAGAACAAGGUAUAUUAGAUCCUGAAGAUUUGCCUCCUCUGACUAACCCUGCUGAUGACGAGAUAUUAGCAGAAAUUAAGAAAUGUCAAACGGAACUAACUGCAGUACGAAAAGAUAACUGCCGUAAUUUGAAAAACCUUAUUGGUUUUUGUAAACAAGAAAUGAUUCGAUUAAACUUGAAAAAACAGUUGGAUCAAGUGGAUAUGGAGUGUGUAGACAUAUAUAAAAAGAUGGUGGCAGCAAAGCAGAAGAAAAGACCUAUAACUAAAAAAGAAAAAGAAGAUGCUUGGAGAGCCAUUAAUGAGCAAAUAAGGCUUAAUAAAGAGAUAAAUGCUUUACCUUUAACAGGUCCCAAUUCAAGCUAAGUUAAGACAUGGGAUUUCAGAAAAAGAGUUUGUAAAAGCUACCUAUUUUUUAUUUUAGCAAUGUUAUAUAGGUUUACAUUAACAAGCAUGAUUUAAGAAACAUUUUUGUAACUGAAUUUAAUUAAAAAAACUGCCUUACAGAUCCAUAGGUAC